UGAGUUACAAACGGAUAUAGGUAUACCCAAUCAUUACUAAUCACAAAGUUGUCACAUUGUACAUUUUUUGAAGUUAAUCGGACGUCAUUACGGGUUUAGUAGUUAUUGUGAAAUUAAAAUGUUAGUUUACAUUGUCCCUUGGACAAUUCUCGUGGUGUUUUCAUUUGCCCACGUUAAUUCCCAAGUGAAGGGUACACAAAACCGGUUUGAUGUGGAUGGAUGGAUGGGGGUGCGUAGACCUGCAUAUAUGCUAUCAGAAUUAGACAGGGCACGAUUUGCACACGAUAAUACAAUACCUAAAAGGAAUCGGAAAAUUCAUCUGUAUGACCAGUUGGCAUAUAACACCUAUUUCAAACCAUAUAGGCCAUAUAGGCCAAUUGAUGAUGAAAAUUUUAAGAUUCGAUUUAUUAAAUCGUUUAAUAAUAGAUAUAGUAAACUGGACAACGCCACGACAACUACUACUGUGUCAUAUUUUAAGAACAGUCAAAGUUCUACUGAGGAAAACGUUGAUAAAAUAGAGGAAAAUUCUACUUACAAUAAACUUAAUGGCUUUUACAAAGUAACGACAACUACUACUCUGUCAUAUUAUCCUAAUAGUCAAAGUUCUUCUGAGGGAACCGUAGAUGACAAUGUCAAAAUGCAAGAGAAAAAGUCGACUGAAAAGAAUUAUAAUGACAUCUAUGGCGUGACGACAAAAACUACUGUGUCAUAUUUUGUAGACAGUCAAAGUUCUAAUAAAGAAACUGAUGAUGAUAAUGGACGAGUACAAAAUUCUACUGAGAACAAAGACGACUUAGGGAACGUAACAUCUGUUGCUUUCAUAUCAACAGUUACUAGUGUGCCUGAUGCAGAGAAUAUUGCUAAUGACAAUAAAACUAAUAUCACAAUGAAAGAUACAUGGAUAAAACGACGUGGAUUAUUUAUUUUGAUACCUGCUGUCUUAGUAGUAACUGCGGCAUUGAUAGCGUUACUCGUUUGGAGACCCGUCAAUAUUGUCGCUUGUUUCAACAAGAGAGGGAACUAUGACGUACAAGGUGGUUUUCUUCGAUUAAACGCAUGCGAGCGAAGUCAAUACGAUUCAUUUGAGCACGUUCAGUUCAUACCGCAUCAGUGAAUGCUGUCACAGUAUUAGGAAAUCACCUUUUAUUCAACUGGUAAUAAAAAUGGUAGGUACUAAUUGUAUAAAACGUAAUUUAUUUACCAUAUUUAUAUUAGAAUUGUGUAAGGAUAAGAAUUGUUAAUAAAUUUAAAGUUUAAAAAUCAAAAAUUAGCUUUUAAUUGUACGAAUGUCUGACACUUUAUGUCUAUGUUUACUAGUAUAUAGACUAUAGAUAGAUACUACCUUCAGAUAUCUUUCAGUUUCAUGCCACCAUAAUAUUGCAUGGUCAUGGUAAUCUUAUUCCUGUUCGUUAGUCUAGUACUAAAACUCGUAAGCCUCUGCACCAAUUUGUUUAUUUGGGUCUUGUAACAUUGUAACAGUUCAAGAAAUGUAGAAAAAAUUAGAAUAUACACCGUGAAAACCUUGCCAUAAAGAAGACUUUCAAUAGGUAUAUAAAGUCAAAACAAAAAAUAAAGAUGUCAUUUUUGAAGUAAAAAAAACGACGCGUUGCAUUUAUAGUUGCAAAACUUCUGAAAAAUUCUGAAUAAUUCCGGAAUACUUCUGAGAAAGUUUCUUUAAAUCAGAUCUUCUGUUUUACUUACACAUCAAAUUAUGUCUGAAAAAUAAAUUAACGAAAAGUUAAAAUUUAAUAAGAUUUUAAAAUACAGAUUUAUUUAACCCACUAGAAGUCACUGUACUCGAUUGAGUAGGUACAGCCUUAUCCCGAAGUGUAAAUUACAGAUCUUGUAAAUUUUAAGUAAUUUAAGUACCUAAUUAUUUUUUUUACUUAUUAUUUUACUUCGUUACGCUGUACUCAAUCGAGCACUUUUAAUAGGUUAAUACAAUUUUCCCGAUUUUUUUCUGACAAUUGAAAUAUUCCCAAAGUUUCAGAAUAUUUUGGAAUGCUUCCGAAAUAUUUGACGGGAAUGAUUCGGAAUUUUUCCCGCCAGCAUCUAUAGUUGCAUUCCGGGAGUGCCGGCAGAAGUGAAAACUUAAAUAUUAACGCGUUUUAGAUAUUUGGAAUGGUUAUGGAAUUACAAUUGUCAAGAUGUUAUGAUAAUGUACUGUAAGUUCGUAUACGCUUUCGAAGUGUGCUUUUUGCAGGUAUACGCAAACAGGUAUACGGUUCAGCAGUUAUUUUUUGUUUUAAACAUUUUAUUUCUUUGUAAAACUAUUGUAUUACCAAGACAAAACCAUUUUAGUUCGGGACGAAAACGAAACAGAUUUGACGGUGUAUAAAGACGUUGCAAUGAAAAUAUGAAAGUUGACAUUUCAUAAAAACUCCUCGAAAUGCGUAUAUGUAUACCUAGUUAAUGUGAUUAGGUUGCCGAGUCCACUUAUAAAACAAAUGACACGUCAAUGAAGUCAGACACAAAAUGACAA